CAGUGAACGUACCGUGGCACCACAUGACAUAGUUAAAGAGAAUGUUACCGUUACCAUACGUUGGUUAGAUCUAAUUGUGCAAGUGGUGUUUUCUUUCAAUUUUGCAUGUGUAUAUUCGCAUAGAUUUUAAUUGUGAAAGAAAUUAUGGAAACAUUGUAAACAAUACAAUUCUUCUGAAACAUAAAAAUGAUUAUAUAUUAAAAGUAUAAUCUUCAAACGUAGAGACAAAGGAUACCUGGAAACGUUUUACUAUCUAACCUUACUUUCCUAAAACAUUCAACAAUGAAUUCCCCAGGAUCUCAAGCUUUAGAGGCUGCAAAAAAUAUGAAAGAUUUGACAGUAUUUAAGAAACCGGUAGGUGUAGUUAAAAGGUAUAAAAAAUUGCAGCCAAAGAUUUUAGACGAGGAUUCCUACAUAAAAAGAAUGGGAGAAAUUAUUCAAAGGGAUUUCUUCCCCCAUUUGGAUAAACUACAAGCACAAAAUCAGUAUUUGGAUGCACUGGAACAGAAUGAUGUGAAAAAGAUGAGAGAAAUUUAUGAGAAGUAUAGUUCAGGACGACCGGCCACUGAAAGACCUGCUAGUCCAGCAACAUUUGAAACACCUAUGAAUAAGGCUGAGUCAGAAGAUGAACAGUUCAAAUCAUCAAAAACAUCAGAAAACAUACCUGCCGAUACAACUGCAAAAGAUAAUGAUAAAACAGAAGUUAAAACUGGAUUGGACGCGUAUUUGAGUACACAUACAAGCGAAGAUAAUGCUAGUUUUGAAGAGAUGAUGGUUGAGGCUGAAAAAAGGCUCAAGUUAAAAUUUGCUUGGCUUUACGAAGCUGAAGAGAAUUCAAAGGCAUUAACUAAUGGUAAUAAUGUAAAUACCUUGGCUAUUGAAAAUGGUGAUGAGAAGCCUAAUCAGUUGGACAGUUGGAGUUACAAAAAUAAAAAUUACAUUAUGUAUGUUCCUGAUGGUGUUGAAUUAACUCCCGAUGAAAGGAUAGAUCUAGCUAAAAAAAGACAAAUGGUAUUGCAUGAGAAUACAAGGUUACGAAUCAAUCCAUUCAAUGAGCAACAAAAUAAAGAAACCAUUAAUGAAUUGGCAAAGAACCAAUCAAAGGCUAAUGAUGGUAAGAUUGGUGUUGAUGGAAAAGAAAUUGUUAGAAACCCAACCCCUAGGGUCAAUGGAUUUAGUUUUGUGGCAACUCCAAGUCCGCGACCAGGAGAAUGUGAAAGUCCUUUAAUGACAUGGGGUCAGAUUGAAGGUACACCGUUUAGAUUAGACGGUGGAGAUACCCCUUUACUAAGAACAAGUCAAGGACCAUCGUUUAGAAUGGCAGAACCUCCAAAAAGAGAACAGCUUGCGCUGCAGUUGGCGGAAAAAGCUGGCGAAAGGCACAGGGAUAGAAAGAUUAAAGCCCUAGAAGCAGCAAGAAAAUCGUUAGCAACACCAUCCCCAAGAUCAACCAUAGACCGUCUGAGUACCAUGUCCCCAGCAGCUAGAAGAUUAGCUACUCAGAAACUUCGUAUUGCAAAUACGCCAACGCCGCGAAGAACUCCAUCUUCGAGGACACCUUCAAUAGGUAUUAGAACACCCAAUACUCCACGACUGAGUACACCUUCCAAACCUGAAAACCUUGAAUCUGGGAACACCAGUACGCGAUGCCUGGGUCCGGUACUUACCGAUAAUUUACUUAAUUUACCUCUUCAGAGGCAAAGAGCAGCUGAUUUUUUUAAUAAUCUGAAUAAGGGACAAUGCAAAAUAAAGAAGAUAUUCAUCAAUAUGAAGUCGAUUUUGAAGAUUCUUUUCAUUUUGACGACAUGUUCGUUACUCAUCCACGCAACCAACCAGCAAUGCACCUGUGGAAACUUAGGAGAAGGUAAAAAUCCAUGUUCCUGUAGUGAUGUAGUUGUGAAAGCUGCACAACUACCAAAACCAACAUAUUAUGCAUUACCGCAACAAAUCAAUGAUGCUGCAGCUGCACGUCAUAGUAUAUCAUUGAGUACAUCUCAAAGCACCAUUAGCUCUAGUGCACAGGUUGAUAGUAACUCCACUCCUUGUAGCAGCAGUAGUUUAAUUAUUGAAAGUAAUGCAGAUACUGUAACAAAUGGUAAGGUUGAUUCCACCAGCUACAGCAGCAGUAGUUCUUCAGAUACUUCUGGAUCAAUAGUUGCUUACGACAACGUUGCAACCGCGACUGAUACUAUCACUCAAAGUCAGUCUGGUGGUUGUGGUUGUAGCAAGCAAAUCAUAGAAACUUUGGAAAUUGAUGAUUCGCAGAGUUCCAAUGGCGAAAUUGUACCCAGUUUCCCACCAAUUGGUGACUUAUGUUAUCCACUUCCGGUUGAUUCUCGUACUGGUAAGAUAAUAGAAAAAACUACGAAAGUAGUGCCAGCAUAUCCUGGAAAAAUUGUGUGCCAAAAUUGUAUGUCAAGUCGAUUAGCUCCUUACCAAAUUUGUAUAAAUAGCCUUACCGGAGAAAUUCUAAGUACAAAGAUUAUAUCCAGUUCUUCGGACGCAACAAGUAAAUCUGGCACCUUGAUAUAUGAAAAUUCAAAUUCUGCAGUCAGUGGCUUAGACGCAUUAUCCAUUCCUUCAGAGACAAUAAGUAAAUCUGGCACCGUGAUAUAUGAAAAUUCAAAUUCUGCAGUCAGUGGCUUAGACGCAUUAUCCAUUCCUUCAGAGACAAUAAGUAAAUCUGGCACUGUGAUAUAUGAAAAUUCAAAUUCUGCAAUCAGUGGCUUAGACGCAUUAUCCAUUCCUUCAGAGACAAUAAGUAAAUCUGGCACCUUGAUAUAUGGAAAUUCAAAUCCUACAAUCAGUGGCUUAGGCGCAUUAUCCAGUCCUUUGGAUGCAACAAGUAAAUCUGGCACCUUGAUAUAUGAAAAUUCAAAUUCUGCAAUCAGUGGCUUAGACGCAUUAUCCAUUCCUUCAGAGACAAUAAGUAAAUCUGGCACCUUAAUAUAUGGAAACUCAAAUCCUGCAAUCAGUGCCUCAGGCCCAUUUAUUCAAAUUGCACCUGGAAAAAAUGGAGUUAUAAGCAAAUCCAGAUCAUUUAGUGGACCCACAGUAACUUUACGUAAAAAUGCAAAUUCUGGAGUAUUUGGUGGCGUGGCUUCUACACCAUACAAAUUACCUCUAGUAUAUGCUAAUUUAAAUUCUCCUAAUAGACAGAAACAACGUUCUAGAAUAACUUUAAGCCGUAGUUCUUCAGACUGUUUUGAUGACUCUGCUACCACAGGUGGAACUGAAGUAGAUUAUUCGUAUCCAGCAAUACCAGCAGAUGCGGUAUCCCUUACUCUUGCGUAUAAAAAUCUUCGAGCUCCAAACGUAAUUUACAGACAGGGGAAACAAUUUAUACCUGAAGAUAAACUAUCCUUUGGACAUAGGACGGUGCCAAAUGAAGUGAAAACUCAAACAAAAAUUUCAAACAUCCCAGAAGAGAAACUUGUGACGGUUGAUAAACCUGUAGUAGAAUUAAAAGUAGCACCUGCAAGAACAGUUGUUAUUGGUUCCUAUGACGAACGGGAAGAAGCUAAACUUGCAGAACUUGAAGCAUUUGAACGUGAAAGCAUAACUCAAGAAGAAAAUGUAGAUCGCAUGUCAGAAAGCCUUCUUACCUAUAAGGAUCUAGGUUAUGCACCAGUAGGUACAACUUACACACAAUUUGCAAAGUAUAAUGGAGCAGUGAGCUACAAUGAAGAAAUGAGCGACAGUGGAGAAGCACCGUGUGGUCCAUUAGGCCCACCUCUAUCAGAUUAUGUUCCAGGCAGAGUAGUAGUUCAACAAGAAGUUGUACAAGAUAAUGCUGAAACUUCUUUUAAUGGGGGAAUUAAUGAAAGUAUGGAGAUUAGACAAUCUACAAGAUCUGGAUUAUGCCCAACCUAAUUUUUUAAGUAAUGUAAUAUUCAAUCCUUUUGGUUUCAAAAAUAAAAUAAAUAUUUUGAUGAAAGGAUUUAAAAAUAUAUGUACUGUAAAAUA